UCUGGGGCUGCUCGAGCGCCUUGAAGCGAAAGGCCCAUUCGGGAACAGGAAGUGGCUGACCCUGGAAGAGGAAGCCACUGAGCCCGGGGGGGGGAGGGGGGGAGGAAGCGCGAGUACGCCGCUUUAAAGAUGGCGGCGGACCCCGUGAGGAAGCGUCCCCAUCUGGAGGGCGGCUCUGCGGACGGUGCGGGGUUUGAUCCCCGGCGCGCCGGGAAGAGGCGGCUGGUGGUGAUCCUGGAGGGGGCGUCGCUGGAGAGCGUCAAGGUUGGGAAAACAUAUGAAUUGCUUAAUUGUGACAAGCAUAAAUCAUUGCUUCUGAGGAAUGGCAGAGACCCUGGAGGAGUUCGACCAGACAUUGCCCACCAGAGCCUCUUGAUGCUUAUGGAUAGUCCUUUGAAUCGAGCUGGCCUUCUCCAAGUAUAUAUUCAUACAGAAAAAAACGUUCUUAUUGAAGUCAAUCCACAGACAAGAAUUCCUCGCACCUUUGAUCGUUUUUGUGGUCUUAUGGUUCAAUUGUUGCAUAAGUUUAGUGUCAGAGCUGCCGAUGGACCUCAAAAGCUGUUAAAGGUGAUCAAGAACCCAGUGACAGAUCACCUCCCUGUGGGCUGUGCAAAAAUAGGCACCUCGUUCUCAGCCCCUCAGGUGACAGACAUGCGUGACCUAGUCCCUACUGCAGAUCCUAUAGCCAUAAUUGUGGGGGCGUUUGCUCAUGGAUCGCUUAAUGUUGACUACACAGAAAAGACCGUCUCUAUCAGCAACUAUCCACUCUCUGCUGCUUUGACUUGUGCUAAAAUCACCACAGCUUUUGAAGAAAUGUGGGGAGUGGUAUAAGCUUCCUGUUUUGCUUACAGAUUCGUAGCCUAUGAUUUGGUCCAACAGGCUCUAUAUUGUAAAUGUUAUGUACUAUACCCUUAUUUAUGGGAAAUACAUCAAUACUUUGUAGUAAAUAAAGAAUUUUUUUAUAUAGCAGUGUGAUACUUAAUAGCACUAGCAAAUAGCACUUGAACUUAUAUACCGCUUUAUAAUGCUUUACAGCCCUCUCUAAAUGGAUUACAGCGUCAGGAUAUUGUCCCCAACAAAUUGGGUCCUCAUUUUACCAACCAUGGAAGGCUGAGUCAACCUUGAGUAGGUCAGGAUUGAACUCCUGGCAGUGAGCUGUGAAUUAGCCUGCAAUACUGCAUUCUCACCGCCACAAUUCUUAAUGGUUAGCAAUAGUUGCUCUAUAUUUUCACCAGGUUUCCCACCUUGUCUCUUUUUCCUACCCAAAAUUAUUUUAAUAAAAAAAUAUGAAACUGG